CGCUACAUCCGGCUUCUGAACGUUCACGGUUACCCAGCAGAAAGCCAAAGUUAGUGAUCCGUUACCCUCGCGUCCAUCACCUUAUCCUUUCCUCCGUAUCACCGACUUUGUUCGCAGGCGAACAUCUCGGCUGUCGGACCAGGUCAUCACGGACGGCGCGAUGGAAUCCCCUCGCCAACAGUCAUCGCCCGAAAGCGAUCAUCAUCAAGACGGCCAGCAGAAUACCAGAAAGCGCAAGAGGAAAACUUUCUCCUGCGAUGCAUGCCGGAAACGAAAGCUCAAAUGCACGAGGGAGCUGCCCGUUUGUAGCCGUUGUCAGAAAUCUGGUAAUGCAGCGAAUUGCGUGUACGAAAACCCUCCUGAGCCGACCAAACCGUCGGAGUUCAUUCAGUCAGCAUCGCUCAUUGGCGAAUCAAAUUAUCGACUUUCCCUUUUCAGAAGCCCAAAUAUGUUUGAUACCUCAGAGGCGAGAAGUCACUAUCGCUCACAAAGUCAUGCCGACGACCGACUUACUGCUCUUGAGAAUAGAGUCGCAUCAAUGGAUCCCCAUGUCUCAGAAGACUUAACCAAGCACCAAAGGCUAGACGUGGACGUCACAAUUGAACCAUCUUUGGCCUCUCAAAGGAGGGAAUCUAUUGGAAUCAGCCUUUAUGGUUCUGGGUUCAAGACGGGUUACUUCGGCCCAAGCUCCGAGCGUAAUGUUGCGUCAUAUCAUCCGGCCAUCAUCAAAUUGUACCCGCAACUGAAGGUGUUCUUUUCAUUUCAUAAUCUCCAAAAUCCGCUUUUUGCGCAGCUACGUACGCACAUCCGUGGGAUCAGGAAAAAUUCCAAGCUUGCGAAGAAGAUCUUACCAUAUCCAUCAGUGGCUACCCUAUUUGAUGCUGUUCCAGAUAAGGAUGUGUGCACAAAGAUGGUCUCUCUCUACUGGGAAACAAUUGCCAGUACCUAUCAUAUAUUUCACGGGCCGACCUUCUGGUCCGCGUUUUGGCUGUAUUGGGGCGAUCCGCAGCAACGUACUGAGGCAUUUGCAUGCACAAUUCUACUGAUGCUCUCAUGCGUCAAUUCGAUUGAGCGUAGAAAACCCGCCAGAUACAGAGGCUUGAGCAGCGUUCCUCGCGAGCAAUCAUCAUACUGGAUUGAAAUAUGUGAGUCCUGGAUGCGUCGUCAAAGCCGAAAGCAUCUCAGGAUCGACUCAUUUCAAAAUCGUGUGCUUCUUGUAAUCUCAAAGCAGAUCAAUGCAAUCAAAACGAAACAAGCUUGGGAAAGGGCCAACGAACUGUUGACAUUUGCAAUCUCCACGGGUUUGCACCAAGAUCCCACUAAGAUUGAUUCCACCCUCAUUCGAGAUCAGACGAUCGGUGUUCCGUCGAAGCCGAAGACUACUCCAUACGAGCAGGAGAUGCGAAAAAGACUGUGGGCAGCGAUUGUCGAACUCGAAAUGCAAGCUUCUCUUGAUAAAGGCAUUCCGUCAUCACGACUUGCUCUACUCGCAGAUUGUGGAAAACCUUCGCUCCUAGAUGACGAACAGUUCGAAGUUUGUUCGUCACUUUUACCCCUACCUGAACCUCGCUCCAAGUUCAUUGGUAUAUCUUAUCUUAAUCUGUCGCAAGAGAGCUUGAGGCUGCGUGCGACGCUUUCAGACAUCAUCAAUACAGGCUCAGAUCAUCUCUCGUACGACGAAAUAUUGAUGUAUGAUGACAAAAUUAAACGUGCAUUGAAUGAUUUGCCAGAUUGGGUCAAAAUAAAAAACAGCAAUGCAUCGUCGUCGUUAAGUCAACUUGCAGCCACGCCUGCGGCAUUGCUUGAACUACAACUUCUGCAAUUCCAGCUGUGGCUCCACGCUCCCUCAGCACGACAAGCCAUUGACGACUCACGGGCAAACUUGUCCCGGAUAACAUGCAUUGACUGCGCAGUGCGGAUCAUGUCCUUGCACGCUCGUCUUGCGAAAUCUAGCCCCCCAAGCCAUAGAAUCCAUUGGUUGACCUUGGCGCGGGAAGAUGUGUUCCGUGCCAUCAUGGCAAUUUGCUAUAACUUGACUCUUUGGCGUGGGCUCAGCAGUGACUACUCGUCCGUCUGGUUACGAGAUAUAUAUACCGAGCACGCCCUGCUUGGCUUGGGACUUUUUAAGGAGAAGGUCUAUGCUCUUGGGGAGCACUUCCUUCAAUUAUGGCAUUCAUUUGCAGCAGUCGGCACCUUACGCGCCGCGUUUGAGCCAAGCAGCGUCAAUAUUCAGGUCUCUACCAUUGCUGAAGAGCUUACUACCAUUUUCGAAAGCCUGUGCAGCUCCCAAGAGGAACCAAGCAACGAGCAAACAGCUGCUGGUGCUCUGACUGCGAUGGCUACACCUAAUUCCGGUGGGUACGACGUCACAAGCGGUUCUACCCCUGCGCAAGUACCUGACCUGGCUGCUUCACAAGCAUUUCUUGAUCGUGUUGACGUAAGCAAUUGGGGCACAUUUGAUGACGUCUGGCCUUUUGGAAGCUCGGGUUUGUCAUGGUAGAAAACUCAUGAGAUUGGGUAGGAAAAGAUGCUUGUUGCUAGUAUUUGAGAUCCUGCACAGAUACGAUCAAAAUGAAUAAGUGUUAACAU